AUUGUUUUUGAGAGUAAAGAAAAUAAUUAUUUUGUCUCUCCACUUAUGAACUUUUAAAACAAAACAAAACAAAAAAAUUCACAAAAUCAAACGAUCGAAAAUUGCGAUAAUAUUAUUGACACAUUCGUAUAGCCAAAUCAAGCUUGUUGAAAAAUUGUUUUUGUUAAUAUUUUUUUUGAAAAGAAAGAAUCUAUAUAUAUUUUGUUUGUUAAAUACACACACACACACAAAAACUAGAAAACAAAAAAAAAACAAAACUAGAAAAAAGAUGUAUAAAGUUGAUUUAAAUGAUACAAUGGAUAGCGAUAGCUAUCAAUUAUCACCAGAUUCAUCACCAUAUCAAUCAUUCAAUGAUGAUACUGAUUCAACACAAUCACCUGAAAUUAUAUUUUCAACAUCAUCGGAUGAAAAUUCUGUUAUUGAUGAAAAUAUUGAUAAUAAAAUGAUAACAUUAACAAUUGAUGGUGAAAUUGCUGGUAUUGUUGCCGGUGGUGGUAAUGAUAUUGAUAAUCAUGGCAAUCAAAAUGUUGUAUUGGCUAAUAAUAAUUCCGGUACAAAUAUCUCGGCAUCAACUAGUAAUAAUGGUGGCAGUGAUAAUGGUGGUGGACAUUUUUUUGAAGGUGCCGAAAAACGUUUAGCCAUUUAUUUUAAAGAAGAUUCAUCGAAUAAAGUUCUUGAUCUACGUAAAUUAACCAGAUCUCAAUGGAAAAACAUACUUGAUCUUGUUCAUUGUCAAAUAUUGAAUAUAAAAAGCAAUGAACAUUUUGAUGCAUAUUUACUAAGUGAAAGUUCAUUAUUUGUAAGUAAACGUAGCUUCAUAUUGAAAACAUGCGGCUCGACUACUUUGCUUCAUUGUUUGGAUUUAAUUUUGGAAUAUGUUUAUAAAAUUGGUUUCGAUACUAUUGAGGAUGUAUUCUAUUCACAUAAAAAUCUAUUGCUACCAUCAUUACAAAGAUUACCACAUAAUUCAUUUUUAAAAGAAAGUGAAUAUUUGGAUAAAGCAUUUAAUGGCCAUUCACAUUUAUUUGGCCAUAUUAAUGCUGAUCGUUGGUAUCUUUAUCUAUUGGAUUAUCGUCCUGAAUUAGAUUGUAAUGAUGAUCAACAACAACAACAACAACAACAUCCAAAUCAAUUAAUAAAUCGUAAUGAAUUUUUUAAAUUUGAAAUGAUUAUGGAAGAAUUAGAUGAAGAUGUUAUGCAAUUAUUUUUUAAUGAUCCGGACAUGCCGAUUACUGCAGCUCAGGUAACAAGAAAAUCUGGUAUUGACAGUAUUAUUCCCGGUAUGGUUAUCGAUGAUUAUCUUUUUUCACCAUGUGGUUAUUCAAUGAAUGGUCUACUUUCGGAAUAUUAUAUGACAAUACAUAUUACACCGGAACAAGAAUUUUCAUAUGUUUCAGUUGAAAUGAAUGUACCACAAAAAAGCUAUAUAUCAUUUAUGGCCAAAGUGAUUGAUGUUUUUAAACCUGGAAAAUUUAUGCUCAAUUUGUUUGUGCCUAGUAUCAAUAAUUUACGUUCAAAACAACAACAAUUCAAUGAUUCAAUGAUGAUCAUGGAUGAUGGUAUUGGUAUUGGUUUGGGUAAAAAUUAUGUUAAUGUUGGUAAUGAUCGACAAAAAAUAAAAUCAUCAAAUCAAUGUUUAUUUGAAACAAUGCAAAUGCAUGGAUUAGUUAUGUAUGAAGCAUUAUCAUGUGUAGCAAUUGGACAAUAUCGUCGUUGUGAUUUUCAAAUGGCUCAAACUGAACAUUUGGAUAUUAUCUAUGCUCGAUUUGUAAGCGAAGGUAUUAGCUGAAGCUUACUGCAAUGGUAUAUUUGUGCAUUUUUUUGUGGCUAGCGUUUGCCUCCUUUCCUUUAGUUUUUUUUUAAAUCACAGCUAUUUUUAUUUUAUUCUCUCUCUCUCUCUCUCUUGCUCUCUCUCACACACUCAUUCAUUCAUUCAUUUAUUCACUUACUUUUAACAAUUUAAUCCAGAAAAAUUUAAUUAACUUCAUAAUUCGGUAACAUUUUUUUUUGCUUUUCUUAAUCAAUUAUCUCGGUGGAUGUGGUUUUUCUUUUUUUUUUCUUCCAAUUAUCCACUGCCAAUACCUUUUUUUCUGAACAAAAAAGUGUUUGGCAAUAAUCAAUAUAUUUUUGAAUUAUCGAUAAUAAGUGUGUGCGCUCAACAACAAUUCUUUUCUCUGUGAUCAGCAUGAUCAAAGAAUUUGCUAUUUUCGUUUUUAUUUCUUCAUUUUGUUUGUUUGUUGUGCUUUUUUUUUCUCUCUCAUAAGAAUAACAUAGAUGCGCUAAUCAUUUUCAUCGAAAAAAAAACAAAACAAAAACAUUCAAUCAUAAUCAUAAUCUUUAUUGUUUUCUUGAUUGCAUAAUUUGAUCGCACUAAA